UGACGCUCUUGGCACCGUUCUCAACCCAUUGGAAGAGUUUGCCUUAGGCUAAGCUUUAAAAAAAAAUCUACAAUGAAGGAACUAAUUUGUUGGUGAGAAAAAUCUCAUGAUGGGUGAUGAGAGUCCAACACACAAUCGAGGGUUUUCCCCCGAGUCUGGUAUUGUUUUAGAGGGAACAGAAUGUACUGUUAAUUCAAAUACAACAGAGAAAACUCUGGAAGAGCUUGCGACUGUGGAUUCUGCGAGAAGCAAUGGACUUUCACCUAACCAACUGUACAAUUUUAACUUGGCCAAUCCGGAAGAAAUUACGAAAAUGUUGGAAAAUGUUGAUUUGACGGACGAAGAUACUGACGUUUUGUUACAGGAAGCAUACAAUAUCAAUAGAAAACUCAAAGAAAUAUUACGAAGGCGAGAGGAAGGCCAAACUUUAGAUGCCGCGGAUCAAGCAAUACUGAAUCAGAUGAUCGUGGUUGUACCAGGGGCAUCUAAAGAGGGUCGCGCCUCAACAGCAAAAGCAUCGGGAGGGCUGGAGUUACAGAAAAAGGAUCCUUUACCUCCCAUAAAAACGGACAGUGAACAAAACCCACGUGUGGCCUCUGCAAUAUACAGUGCAAAGUUAAACAGACGAGCGGCACAGGGGACAGCAUCUAGUCGUUCUGGUGCGAGAAAACCAGGAGGGGCAACUUCCGGGGAUAUGGUAGGCAGGAAGGAAAGGACUGGGUCGGGAGUUUCCCGGACUAGUGUUCAGAAAUCAGCAUCGUCUACAAAGAAAGGUGCAUCAGGGCUCAGGCGGGAGAAAGCGCCGAUUCCUAUAGCAGAGAGACCUGAAUGGAACGACAGAUACUGACAGUGUUUAAAAAAAAACUUGUCAUUUUCAUGCAUUUGACCUUUCAUCUUAUUCAUUCUGUUGAAUUUUAAUAUCAUAAUAAUUAGUGAAAUGUUAAAAUCAAAUGUAAUUUUGCUUGCCAAAGACGAUAUAGUUUGGAAUUUUAGCUUGCGAGAAGGAGAAUGUUGAGGAUAUUAUAUAUAUACAUAUGCAUGUGUAAGUAAUUGGCACGAAAAGUCAACGAAUAUUAUGAAUUAAUGUACAUUGUAAAUUUACUGAAAUACUCUAGAAAUAAUUAAAUUUAAAAUGAAAUGAUCG